AUGUAUCAGGAAUUCUGUCGCUUUACACAGCACGUACAAUUUGUAUUCAAAGGACCACUCGCAUCCGCCAAAGACAAAGAUCGUGCAGGAUGGCUAGGUAUCUGGAUCGGUAAACAAGGACGAGAAGUGUACAAGACAUUUGACUGGGAAUCCGGGGAUGAGGACAAACCCGACAAGAUUUUCGACAAAUUCGAGGCUUACGUCCGCCCAAGAAAAAACAAACGAACAGCCAGAUUCAAAGUCAAACAGAGGAAACAAGGUGAAAGUGAGUCAUUCGAUAACUUUGUUAAAGACUUGAGGCUUAUCAUUUGGGACUGUGAAUACACAGAUCCAGAAGAUGUCCUGAUAGAUUGUAUAAUAGCAGGAGUCAGACACAUGAAAGUACAGGAGAGACUAUUAGACCAAGGCAGUGACCUAACACUCGCAAAAGCUCUCAGCAUUGGUCGACAGUAUGAGAACUCGCAGAAACAGCUAAAACUCAUUCGAGGAAGUGAGGAUCAAACAGUUACCCAUCAAAUCUCACAAGUACAUGCCACACAGAAGAAAUUCUACCAGCAUAAACCCAGUUAUAAUACGAAGAAACACAAGAGGCAGCCUUACAAGUCUAGAAACAAGAGCGAAAAAUGUAGCAGAUGUGGGCUCGACCCGACAGAAAGCCAUGUGAAAUCAGGCCAGUGUCCGGCAAUAGGAACAAGAGGCAACUACUGUCACAACAAGGACCAUUGGACAGCCGCGUGCCGAAAACGUACAAGAGAAGUUAACACACUACAGGAGACAGUUAGUGAGACAAACAGUGAAACUAAUUCAUCAGAUGAAGACAUACUUCAUAUAUAUAGUGCACAAGAUGACAGUUCUAUGGCAAAUGACAAAUGGGUUGUAAAAGCAACUAUCAACAGUAAACCUGUUAGAUUUCGAAUAGACACUGGGGCCAAGUCUUCGAUCAUUGUAAAAUCAGUGUUUGACUCUCUAGGAUCUUGCGCACAGACUCGCAAGAGCACAAAAGUUCUCAAGUCUUACACUAAUCAUAGGAUCAAGCCUCUGUACAGCGUUAACCUUCCAAUCGAACAUAAGGGAAGACGAGUGAAUGUGCAAUUUGAAAUUGUAGAAUUAGAGCAGGAAAACAUCAUCAGUGGAGAUGUAGCAGAAGAACUCAAUCUUAUUGAACGAAUACUGAAGCUUGAUGACAAGGUUGAUAAUCCGCCAGAAUCCAAGUUUAAAGACUUUCCUGAGCUUAUAAAAACCUCAGGAACUCUGCCUGGAGAACACAACAUUGUAAUAGACCCAGACGCAGUGGGAGUUAUUCACGCACCCCGUAGACAGCCUGCAGCACUGAAACCGCUUAUCAUUGGAAAGCUCAAGGAGAUGGAACAGAAUGGCUACAUCACAAAAGUAGAUACCCCGACUGAGUGGGUCAGUUCAAUGGUCGUUUCGACGAGGAAUAACAAGAUUCGCAUAUGUCUGGACCCGUCCGACCUGAACAAAGUUGUAAAGAGAGCUCACCAUCCCAUGAAAACAGUCGAGGACAUUGUGUCGAACAUACCUAAUGCCUGUGUUUUCUCCAAGCUAGAUGCUAAAUCAGGAUUUCUCCAGAUUAAGCUGAACGAGAAGUCAUCAUACCUAACAACCUUUAAUACUCCAAUUGGAAGAUACAGAUGGCUACGCCUUCCAUUUGGCAUUAAAUCUGCCCCUGAAAUCUUUCAGCACAUCAUGGAUCAGAUGCUUGAAGGGAUAGAAGGCGCAGCAGCUGUGAUGGAUGAUAUACUCAUAGGAGGACAGGAUGUAGAACAUCAUGAUCAGAUAUUCAGAAAAGUCAUUGAGAGAGCUACACAGUAUAACCUGAAACUUAAUUAUGACAAGUGUGAAAUCAGACAGCCACAAGUCUCAUAUGUAGGACACUUGAUCACCAAGAAUGGCAUUAAGCCAGAUCCGUCCAAAGUCCGAGCUCUAGUUGACAUGCCAAGGCCAAAGGACAGAGAAGGAGUAAGACGGUUCCUAGGACUAGUCCAGUAUUUAGCCAAAUUUAUCCCAAACUUGAGUCAAGUGGACGCACCACUCAGGGUACUAGUGAAGUCGGAAACAGAAUUCAUGUGGCAUCAUGAGCAAGAAAACAGCUUCAAUGAACUGUAA